AUGGAUUCCGACUUGGAGUACAUAUAUGAGCAGUAUGUCGAGUCGUCCGACGGCUCAUCGAACGAGAAGGAGUACUCCGAUGAGACAGUGAUGAUGCAGGUAGUCCUUGAAGACAUGGAGUGUGCGGAGGAGCAUGUUCUCAAUUUCAAGGGCUCGAUCAAGGGUCAUCGAGUACUCAACCGCAACAGGGCACGCAACCAUUUGACACUGAUGACCGACUACUUUGCCCCUGAUGCAUUCUUCGCUGACCAUUUUCGCCGGCGUUUUCAGAUGCGCAAGACUAUCUUCGAUCGUUUGUACCAUGGCGUCCGGUCCUAUAAUGACUACUUCAUCCUAAAGAAGGACGAUGUGGGAGCGAUUGGGUUCUCUGUUUACGAGAAGUGCAUGGUCGCACUCUAG